AUGGGGUUCCCGCAAUCUUGGAUUGAUCGUAUCAUGAAAUUUCUGGCUAGUGUGUCUUUCUCCUUUAAGAAUAAUGGUAGUAUAUCCGGAUCGUUGGUUCCUACCCGUGGUCUUCGACAAGCUACAUUGAAUGAAUGCUCAAAAAUUGCUGACAUUAUCAGUGUGUAUGAAAGAGCAUCUGGUCAGAGUGUCAAUCUCAGUAAAACUGAGGUAGCUUUUAGCAAAUGUGUGUCUGCGGAUCGACAAAGGGAAAUAACGGCUACUCUUGGGGUUAGGGAGGUGGAUAGGCAUGGAAAAUACCUUGGCUUGCCUACGAUAAUUGGAAGGUCAAAGAAGGAGAUUUUUGCUAGUUUGAAAGAGAGGAUUUGGAAGAAAUUACAAGGGUGGAAAGAGAAAUUGUUGUCUCGUCCGGGUAAAGAGGUUCUUAUAAAAGCUGUUGCUCAAGCAAUUCUCACUUACAUGAUGAGUAUUUUUUAA